AUGUUCUCUUCCACCAAGCUCUCGCUCCUGUCCGUGGCAUUUUCGGUGAUUGCCGCUUUGAAUGCAGCAGACGCUUUUGCCCCACAAGCAAGAAUCGAGAACCGUCCAAUGACACAAUUACACGCAGAAAAUCCCACGACGAGUCGUCGUGCUGCUGUUUUCGGUAUUAUGGGAGUCGUUGGGAGCACACUGGUUGGAAAUCCCGAAGAAGCCUCUGCCCGCUACAGUUCUUACGCCCACCGAGAACAAGAUUGGCAAGAACGAUCGUCAGCCGGACAAGUCAAUUUUAAGACAGCAAAAGACCUACGAAAAGAGCUUCAAGAGAUUGCACCAAUGAAUAGCAGCAGGUCAAAGAUAUUUUGUCCGAAUGGUACAAGUGCUGCCGUUUCUCCCUUGGUGAGUUUGGAAGACCAAAAUUUUUUUCGAGAAGCAAUGUAA